UCUUGUGGAGAAGUCACACAGUCUAUGACACUUGGAAUGGUGGCCAGGCCUUUGGCUGCUGAGGUGCAGGGCUAUGCAGACUGACAGGGACCCUGAGCCUGCUUGGAGCCCUUGUCCUACUGCUGUAUGCCUGGGCACAUCUGGGCCUGGAUGUUUCUGUCAUGGGGCCUCCUGCUCAGUAAGACCAGCACUCCAUUGCAGCGCCCAGGGCCCCACACUUGCCCUGGGAGGUUAUCAGGUACCUUCAGUUCAGACCCGCCCAUGAUCAGGACGGGGAAGAAGGGUGUGACUUCUGUGUACCCAGGUCAUAGUGACUCCCUAGAAAAGCCACCACACAGGCAGGCUUCUGGCAGUGUGCCCGCCUGGCUCAGGGGACUCCCAAGGCGAGAGCCUCAGGUUGCAUGCAGGUCAGAUGAGCCUAGAGCACAACCCCGCACGAUCUGUCUCCUCAUCUAUCCCAGGCUGGCCUCUGAUGUACAACCCUGUCUCAGCUGCUAGAGAAAUAGAGAUUACAAAUGUGUACCACCCAUCCAGCUCUGGACACCUCUCAACCGUGCAGGUGCCCUCCAGCAGGGCAACUCAUCCCUCGCACCUUUGUUCUAAACCGAGGAGGGAGUGUAUGGUCCGUGGGAGCGGGGAAGGAGACACCCGAGGUGAAGGAGGGUCUCUUGCCAACAUGAGGGUCCCACUUUGGGAGCACUCUCCACCCAGGUCUGGGGCUGCUCGCUCGGAGCUUCCCUCUGUCUCCUUGUCACAGUGAGCGCUUGACUGUAGGGGUAUAGGGACUGCCCCAGGAUGACAUCACGGAUAUGAAAUGCAGAAGGAUCCCUGGCCAGGGCCCUAGGGAACAGCACCCUGGGGUGGGCAGAGGUGAGAAAUUCAGUAGGAGGAAAUGAAGACCUCAGGAGAAGGAUCUAGGCUAGGCUGCACUGGUGGGUUGCCAGCAAGGGGAACACUUUGCUGGGUGCAGAGAACGGGUGGGUACGGGCACAGCUGCCUCCUGGAUAGGGAGUGGGGCGGUAGGUUUGUUGAAUGAAUAUAUGAGGGCAGGUACCUCUGGUUCCUGAGGUUACAGACUAAGGAUGCUCAGUCUAGCUUGGCAGACACGCUGGGGCUUCCAAGCACCGCCUGUGGAUCUGGGUCAGCCUGGGCCUCAGUUUACCACAGUAAAGAAGUAGACAGACUAGGAAACACUGUCUCCGGAGCCACAAGUCAUGACUUUCAGUCAGUGAUGAGAAGCAGAAGACCCACCCAUGAUGGACCGCUAUCUUUCAGAGAAAGUGAAACCUGUGUCCAACUGUCACAGCCCCUCCACCCUUCCAGCUUCCCCUCUGAGUUCACAGCUUCCCCGCCUUCCCCGCCCCCCUCCAUCCCGUCCCCCGAAAACCAGUACUUGGAAUUCAAGUUGCAUCUUUUCUUUUUCCUUCAAAGGCUCUUUUGCCUUUUAUGUCCGUGUAGGCGGUAACCUUGUGAGGUGAACCAAGGAGCGCUUUUCUCUCUCCAUUUCUCAGAUGUCCCGACAGCCCAAGCGAGAGGCUGGGAAGGGCAGUCAACGAGGAAGAUGUCUGGCUCCCUUUAGCCCUAAACCUCGGUGUCCUGUGAGGUUGGUGGUUCCUGGACCAAGGUGGCCUACCUUGCAAGCCCUGCUCUGACCCCUGGACUAGCCCCUGAAGAUGACACGGACCCCCAUGCUACCUGCUCACGCCAAGAAGGCUGAGGCUGCGGUUUACAUCAUCCUUGGGCGUGGGGCUGACCUCGAAGAACGAAUUCGAAGAAAACGGGAGGAGGAGCGGGCAUGUCAUGGCGCCUGGCGCCUAUUGGCCGCCUGGGGAGACUUUGGUUUUUGGGGUCAUGUUCCCAGAAGGCCUGCCCUUCCCCCUCCCCCUCCCCACCCACCUCACGAGGUGUUGGCCAAUCGCCCCGUCGGGCAUAAAGUGGCUGCCAGCCCGCAGGACACCCAGCCAAGCCGUGUCACCCCCGAGAGUCACGGGCCGAGUCCCCAGGACCCAGCAUGCAGACACAGCUUCCACCAAGAACCCUGCUCAGUUUGGCCCUCAGUCUCCUGUUCCUGAGCACGGCAUGGGCCAGGCGCCGCUGCUCCAGCGCCUCCCCACAGCUCCUCAGCCAGCUGCAGAGUCAGGCGAACAUCACCAGGGACACAGCGACACUCUUGGAGCCCUAUAUCCACUUGCAAAACCUGAACACACCUACUCUGAGAGCCGCCUGCACAGAGCACCCCGUGGCCUUCCCCAGUGAGGACACGCUCCGGCAACUGAGCAAGCCUCGCUUCCUGAGCACUGUGUACACCACACUGGACAGAGUCUGGCACCAAGUGGGUGCUUUAAAACAGCAAUUUCUGAAGACUCAAGCUUUUCCAGAGCUGGAGAGUACCAGGCAGAAUAUUCAGGGCAUAAGGAACAAUGUUUACUGCAUGGCCCAGCUGCUCCACCGCCCCCUGGAGAUACCUGAGCCCACACAGGCCUACUCUGGGACCUCACAGUCCACUACCAUAACACCAGGUGCCUUCCAGACUAGGAUAGACAGCUGCCGCUUCCUCUGGGGAUACCAUUGCUUUAUGGGCUCAGUGGGGAGGGUCUUCAGCGAGUGGGAAGAUGGCUCCAGACGCAGCCGGAGACACAGCCCGCUCCGGGCCCAGCGCAAGGGAGUCCGCAGAAUCAGACCCUCCAGGAGCAGCCAGGGCCGGAUGCCCAGGGCCCAGGUGCCCCGGUAGCCUGAGGGCACACUGACAGACAAUAUAGUCUGUUGAUACCGAAUGUUGCCUCUCAGAGACUUCCAAAGCUGCUCCUGUGUCCAGAGCCACGCAGAAGAGCACUUUAAGGCGUGAAGUUGGGUGUCCCCUACUUUCACUCAGGACUGCAAGAAUAGUCAGUUUAUUGCAAACUCCAAGCCUCCAGUCCCAGCGGGGUGGCUGGGUCAGGCCACGUGGGGCCGGAGGCUUCGCAUUGAUUCAGGGGUCUGAUGACACAGGCUGAUUCACCGUGGGGUUGAACCCCUCGGGCUGCUGGUUCUCUCCUCUUAUGACUUGAAACUGUUGCCUCCAGACUUCCUCGUUUCCCUGUGGCUGGGUUCCAAAGAGAGGUCUGGUCCGGUGCUCUCUCUCACGCCAUGUCCCACUCAGGACAGAUACCUGGACAUCUCAGUGACCUCACCCUUCGCAGUUGCGACAGGGACAGGGGCAGUGUGUCCUAGAAGGAACACUGAUCUGGGAAUUCACGGGAAGAGAGCUCAGAGCUUGUUCCCUAAUUCUCGGUGUGACUGUGAGCAAGACACUUUAUAUAUCCAAAUGUCAGCGUUCUUUGUGGAAAGCUGGGCCCUUGUAUAACACCCCACUCCGCCUGUCAGCGGCUGGACUCUGACAUCGGGUGGUCAUCAAAGUCUCUUUAAAUGGGAACCUAUGGUGCAAACGGUCGUGGGGUGGGGUUUAUGGGAGAUCCCCCAGUGCCUGCAAGCCCGUCUUGGGUCCUUGCUGCUUGGUGCUCCCUCUGGUGGUGUGUUGUGGAAUUUUCCACAGGCUGAAGCAGUCCUUGAAAGGCCUCAGAAGCUGGUGAGCAAUUCCAUGGAGGGACAUGACUAAUUUAUUGUUUUAUUUUUUUAUCACUUUAAUCUGUUUUUAUAUUUAUAAGGCCUAUUUAUAAUGUAUAUUUAAAGUUAAUAUUUUGCUAACAUAUUUAAAACUUGCCUCGUUUCUAAA